CCCGCUAUUAAAAAAACCUGCACAAUGUUAUUAUCAAAUGAUGAGUAUUUGGAUUCAUUGGAACAGCUUUUGUCCUCAAAAAAAGAGAAAGGAACUGUUUUUUUGACUCAAAAACGAUAUUCGUACAAAAACAAAGAAGAUCUAUCUCCUGACCAAGGAGAAUCUUGUGAUACUCCUUGUUUGCCAUAUAAACUUCUUUUUAGAGCCACAGAUGGCAAAAAAAUAAAAAUUUCAACAUUAGUAGAUACUUCUUGUUUAAUACCUUUUUUUUCAAGGUAUAUGGAGACAUGCAAGUCUGGAAUGGGUUGUUUGAAGAAACGUGAUAGAAAGAAACAGAAAGCCAGGAAGAAUAAAGCGGCUGAUUCAAAGUUAUAAGGUUUCUAACAUCACAUACAAAAGUGCAAAAAAACUCCUUUAAAAU